CAGCUCUCUUCAGUGCUGCUGUAUUCAAUGAAGCCAAAGUACCUGCUUGCGCAGACUUUUGCAAUAGUUCAUUCAAACUUUGGUUGACUGUCACGUAUGCAGCAAGAUUGGGAAUUAAGGUGGCUUCAUCAUCGCUAGAACCCGAUGUGCGAGCAGAAUCUAGCGAGAUGUUCAAGGCAUUCUUCGCAUCCGGAGUUGCAGGAGUUUGAUUAGAUGCAGAUGCCUUUGCGCUUGCUUUGAUAUUGAAAUCGGGAUUCUUCUCUUUCACUGGCGCCACUCUCUUCGCUAGCUCUCUAUCUUUCAAAGGGAUGUCUUCCAGUCUCGUUCCGAGAUUUUUACACAAAACCUCGACUUCGAACUUGAUAUUCAUCUUGAGUCCUUCAACGUUGUAAACGGAUCGAAACACCCCAAGAAGACCCAUCAACCAAGGAUUUGGUGGACGGAAAACAAAUGAAUUCUUCGCCCCCUCCAAUGUCUUCGCUAGGAAAGGUGCAACAGCGAUGAGUUUCCCUGUCUCGUAUCCUUGAAGUAGAAGUUCUUUGCAAUCCAGCAUCACUUGCAGAAUUGGUCUAUUUCUAGCCAAAGUAAUUUGACCCAACCAAAUACCAAGGUUUUUCAGAUAGCUUCGUUCAGAGGAGGAAGUAGUAAUCUUCGGAGAGCGAAGCAAUUUUCCAAUGUUUCGAUACGCACUGUCAAGAAUUGCUUCCAAAAGUCCCUUCCCGUACUCCCCAAGAUUAUCUAAAAAGCUUAGGUACAAUGAAUGGUAGUUUGCUUGAGUGCUGAUUCGCUUCACAACAAGAAAAUGCGCAAGCCAGCUAAAAUAUUUUGGUUCAAGCAAAUCCUUGAGCUCCUGAGACUUGCUCUCCACAUUCGAAGGGGCGAGGUUAUUGAUCAAAAAUUGAAUGCGGUCAAGAAGGUUUCCAGGAGGCGAUUCAUGAACUUGCUCUUCGUCCGCUAGAUCAGUCACAGCUCGUCCGAGCAGAGGACCGAAUUCGGCGACUCUUGGCUUUGUCUCCACUGGUACACUUGAUCCAGAAAUGUCCAGAUUGGAAACUCCAUCUGAGGGAUUUGGAGCAAAAACCAUACUCUGCGCUGGAGCUGCAUCGUCUGAGUUUCUUGCAAAUCCACUCCUACCAUUAUUUUUGUCAUCAGAGUCCGACCCAGCUGGCGAGAGAUUGGAGCUGGAAAUUUGAGACCCCCCACUCGUUGAACCGGCAGCCCUGUUUUGGCUUUCCAGCAUGGCAUUCUCAAUUUCCUUCACAAGUCCAGCAUAGCCCUCUUUCAAGUGCGGAAUCUGAACGAUAUGGGAGCAAUAUUGGGGCCAUUCAUGCAGACGUCCUUUGAACUGCUCCAAUGCAAACAUUCCAAACUGGAACAUUUUACCACUACUUGUGGUUGGGCCACCAGGAGGAGACGGAGGCUUUCGAAGCGCUUCCAAAACAUAUCGUAAAGCGAUACCGAGCGUGAUACUAAUCACCAACUGCUCUUCAAUGAGCGUCCCAAAAAGAAUCCCUGUAAUGCGCAACUCUUUCUCGGGAUAUUUAGAAAAAAAUCUGUACUCGUCAAAUAGAUUGUGAACCAUGCAGGCGAAGAUUUCAUUCUCUUUGGAAUUACCAGACGUUUUGAAGCGCUUCAACAUCUCUACGACUUCGCCGAUGCUCUGUUCGGACGUGUAAAUCUUUUGAAAGUAAGCAGUGGCCAUUUCUUCGACGUCAUCAGAUGCUCCUGUAGAGGAAGACGAACCAGAGCUCGUUCCGCCGCCGUUACUGCCGCUGUUGUUUGAUGCCGUAAGUCUUCCUCUUAAGUUCGGAUGAGUAGUAACGCACGCUUCUAAGACAGCCUUCACGUUGUCACCAAGAGUGGUGCCGUGGAUGAGGUUUCCAUCCGCACUUGAAAAAGGUUGAGAAAGUGUCGCAGAAUCAAGACCCUGCAAACUUUGCAUUGCAAUCGCAAUAUUUUCCAAACUGACAAGUGGCGUUGGUUCACUUCCACGAACAGACGCAGCAGAAUGGGUCUUGGCAAUAUACGAAACAAUGGCUGCAGCAAACACGCUUGACAUGUUUCUUUGCGCGAGUUUUUCAUUUAGCCAAGGUUUGAGCUGAAGGAAGUCAUUGUCAGCCAUAACGAAAGCAAUCGCCACGCUGAACUCGGGAUCUUUGUUUCCGUUGAGCAACGAAGCCACUGCAUCCGCAGGGGAAGGCAGAAAACGUGCAAUGUUAAUAAUGUGAACAAGUGUUGCAACUCGCAUCUGGGAGUUGUCUCCAACAGUGCUCCUCCAUGCUUCGAAACAUGCAGCUGUGACAGUAUUUGGAGAUAUAGCAUAAAGCCUUCGUAGCGCAGCUGGUGCAUUUUGCACUCUAUGAUGUGUAUUAGGUCGAAAGAAGAGAGGAAUCAACUCUCUCAUGAGUUCUGUUUUAAUCUGUAACCCAGCAUUGGCCAAAGCUUCUCUCCCGGCCUGAGGUGGAGUGUUAGCCACAUGUAACUGCAAGCGCACCAAAGAACAGAGCAAAACCUCAGGGCAAAUCAUUAGACCGCGAAUCAGUAGAUCCCUGACACGGCGAUACAGAGGAUUGAUGUCAGACAGAAAAAGAAGUCGUUGGAGAAUUUCCAUCGAGGCUAAAGACUGCGCAUCUAUUCCUGUAAUCCCUUGAGCAGCCGUAGCUGCGUCUGCCGAUUCUUCAUCGUUCAAAGGUGUCAUGUAGACUUCUUGAGGAACGGACAUAAUACUCUCGAUGACAGAGAACUGGCCAGACGUAUUUCGCCACUGCGACGUGAAGGCAGACAGUGGAGGUUGUUGCCUGGCUCCAGAUCGGUAAAGAUCGAUGAGAAUGCGGAAUUGCUCUGCGUCCUUCAUUGCAAAUCCUGGAAAAUCCCAGUUUUGAGCAACUAACUUCCAAUCAAGUGAAGAAUAAUCUUGUUGCAGCACAUCUGAUACAGAUUUAAGAUUCCAACCGUCAGCGGAUACAUCAUUCCCUCUCCCCGGAAUGAGACUUCCUAGAAGCGACGAAGAUACGCCAGUCCCCGACGUCGGUCCAUCAGAAUGCCGCCCUUUCACGCAAAAGAAAUAAAUGAUCCUUGCCAUG